AUGGGAAGCUGGGAGGAAGGAGUGGGAGGCUUCUUGACUAAGGGUGUAAAGGGGGCUGCUGUGACGUCCCAGCCCAGCCAAACUAGCUUGCCUACUUUGGUGCCGACGAGAGGGAGUGUCCAGGUACUCCACGAUUGUACUAAAGCACGCCGUGAAGUAGAUCUGCAUUGGCGUGCUAGUGGGUGCCGGCAUAUUGUCAAUAUAAUAGAUGUCUAUGAAAACACUUACAGUGGCCACAAGUGUUUGUUGGUUGUAAUGGAGUGCAUGGAAGGAGGAGAACUAUUUCAACGAAUACAAGAGAGACAAGAUGGUGCAUUCACAGAGAGAGAAGCAGCUCAGAUAAUGAGAGAAAUUUGCUUGGCAGUAAAAUACUUACAUGAUAUGAAUAUUGCACAUAGAGAUUUAAAACCAGAAAACCUGCUAUACACAAAACCAGAUCAGUGUGGGGUUCUGAAGCUUACAGAUUUUGGUUUUGCGAAGGAAACUUUUUCAAAGGACACUUUACAAACACCUUGUUACACUCCAUAUUAUGUUGCACCUGAAGUCCUGGGACCGGACAAGUAUGACAAGAGCUGUGAUGUGUGGUCCCUUGGAGUUAUUAUGUAUAUUCUGUUAUGUGGUUUUCCACCAUUUUAUAGCAACCAUGGCUUAGCUAUUUCUCCAGGAAUGAAGAAGCGAAUUCGAACUGGACAGUAUGAUUUUCCUAAUCCUGAGUGGCAAAAUGUUUCUCAAGAUGCUAAGGAUUUGAUACGAGGCAUGCUGUGCAUUGAUCCAGCUAAGCGUUACACUAUUGAUCAGGUUAUGCAGAAUAAAUGGAUUGCACAAUAUACGGAAGUACCACAAACUCCAUUGCAUACUGGCCGUAUGUUGAGAGAAGGUGAAGAUAUUUGGCCUGAAGUUCAAGAAGAAAUGACGCGGUCAUUAGCAACAAUGCGUGUUGAUUAUGAUCAAGUUCACAUUAAAAGCCUAGACAGUACUAAUAAUCCUCUCCUGAACAAACGCCGUAAGAAAGCUGGUGAAAUGCCAGAUGAUAUGCAGUAGUAUAUUGUCUCGUGUGUAAGAGGCAGAACGUCAGACAUUUUGGCAGGGAGUUUUUAAAUCAGUGCAGUUAGUGCUAAAAGCAAAUAUGCUUAAAGAUAAGAUGUGGAAUAUAUAGUCAACAGACCGCACAGGAAAUUCAUCCCAUAAGCAAGAGACAUGUUGAUGUAGAUACUUUUUUUUGCAUAUUAAAUGCAGUUGGCCAAAACUUACAAUUUUUUUAACUAACAUUUUUUUUACAACAUUUUUCUGCCCCAGUGAUGAGAGUAAAUAAGUUUAUGUAAAAUGAUGCAUAUAAAAUAUCAUAGCUCAAAAAUGUUGCUGGCUAUUGUGUUUGUUUAUGAAAACUUUGUUGUGUUAGUAACAUUGCUUUUGUGAAGUAGCGUGUUCCUAAUUUUUCUGUUUCGCUUUAGGUUUUGAAUAUUUUUACGGAGAGCAUAUUUAUUCCAUCUUUUUAAACAUUAUAGUUUUACACACCCAUGUACAUGUUAAUUUUGGAAUUCAACCAGCAGCAAGGGUACACACAGUCUAUGUUGUUAAACUUUAUAAAGCAAAGUUUUCCUAGUAGCAUUGAUAAAUUAAGUUACAUACUUAGUGUUAAUAAAUUCAACAAAGUUGAGUUUGAAAGAUUUUCGUGAUAUAUGAAUUGAACUGUAUCUUUACAGUUCUAGUGUUGAUUCAUAAGUUUCAUAAUUCUAUGAAAGCAUUGGAAAAUAAAUAAACAUUAAAUACUACAUAGUAAAGGUGAAAGUUUUUAAAUACAUUUGUACAGAGAAGUGUUGAUGUAUAAGAGAGACAACAUUUUUUUACAGAGUUUCAUACAUUAACUAGUGUUUAAGCAGCUGCAGAUGUUUUGUAUCUUAACAAGGGAAGGGUUCACCAAUUUGGUUUAAACUGUGUGAGUAGAAGCAGGUACGUGCCCCUUUCAACGUCCUAAAAUAUCUCACCUGAGUGGGCCCUAGGAGUAGAGUUUGAGGGAUAUUGUUCAUGAAUUUUCAAGUCAGUGGCAUGUUGCAGUGGUCAAGCACAUUGCCUGGCCAUCUGCCGGCUCGUGUUCGAUACUUACUGCUGUCUUUUUUUAUUUACAUUUUUUUAUUUCUCACAAUUUAAACAAUUAAUUACAGAAUUUAAAUAUAUUUAAACUUUUAAAUAUAUAAUUUUAAAAUUAAUAUAUUCUUUUAAGUAAUGUUUACUGUAAUGUAGUUGAUAUUUUUAAACAGGAAUUGUUAUAAAUUAUAAAUUUUUGAAUUGUAUUUACUGUCGAGCGUGGUUUGUGAUUUUAACUUUUGUCCUUCAGUAUCAACAUUUAGCAACAUUGUUUUGUUAUAUCCCCAUUUGAUCCUUUUCUAAUUUUCUUUUGUGCGUUCAGAGAAUAUGGCUCUGGUAGCUUUUUCAAAUCCCUUAUAGUCGGCCAUUACUUUACCUUUUUCCUACAGUUUUUAACAGUCUUUACAGUUGUGAACAGCGUCUCACCAUGUGUCCACAGCGAUUUGUCAUAAAAAUGUAUUAUUUUACUGGAAAAAGGAAACCCAACAACUUGGAAACUACAACUUUUGAUGAAGAUCUUAAAAAAAAUUUCACCAUGGCUCUUCAUUAUGCUUUUUCAAUUUAUAAAGAAAGGCAUCAUCACCGACAAUCCUCCUGCAUCUGUGUGUCCUCUGUAGCAAUAGCUAUGGGUGAAGCAAUUGCAGAUGAGGUUAUUUAAAUUAUGAAAAAUUAUUUCAGUGUCAAUUAUGAAUAUAUGUUACUAUACAACAAACCUGAUGAACAAUAUCUUUAUGAUGAGCUAUGAGGAUUUUCUCAUUCUCUAGCUCUCUGUCUCUCUCUCUCUCUUUCUUUCUUUGCUCAAACACACUUUUACUAUUUACAGUCCUAUUUUUAACAGGUUCCUUCUUCAAGUAAAGAUAUGAACGGUGAUGAUAACGAUCCUGAAGAACAUUCCUCGGCGAGUUCCUCUCUUACUUUGGUGUCCUUGGCUGAUAAGAAGAAAGUCAUUGAUUUUGCUGGUGCUCAUCCAAAAUGGAAGUUCUCAUCAUUAAAAUUAAUAUUUACAGAUUUAAAAAAAAAAAAAUUUGUGCGUGGAGUCCACGCGUGUCAGAAAUUAAAUUUCUUGCUUAUUAGGUAUAGAUAGAGAUAAAUUAUUAGUAUUUUUUUUUUUUUGUAGAACGAGAGAUAAUAAUAGAUAAUAGUAAGGAUGUGGGUAUGAUCUCAAAUGAAAUAACUUUUCCACAAGAAUAAAUAAAUUGUACAUUCUUUAAAUAAAAAAGUACUAACAAUUAUUUUCUCCUACAUUUAAAAUAAAUGUGCGCAAAGUACAGUUAAAUUUGAUUUUAAAUAAUACUUAAACUUGAAGCUUGCCAAUAAUUAGGUAGUUUAUGCAGCUUAACUAAUUGUCUAUAUGGACAUAUGGAGUCUGAGUUAGGUAUCUGGCAUGUGAAAGUGACAGCAUGGCAUAUGAACCGGACCUAGCUCAAAGCUACUUUUUUGAACCACAGUUGCCCACAGCGACACUGUUCGAGAACUAUUCAUGCCUCUUAGUUGGACUAAACAUAUUUACACGCUUGUGGGCUCAUAACUAUAAUACUGUGUGUGAUAUAGUUAAUCAAAUAAUAAUUCAUAACUCAUGUCAAACAAAAGCAUGAAAAGCAUUAUACCAGCAAAAAUAUUUAGUUACACAGAUAAAACAAUACUCACAUAAUACUGUUUAACAGUACUGAUUUACACAAGUAAUUAAAAUAAUAAUAUGUACAUUAAAGAAAAAUCUUUUCUUGCAAAUAUGGCCCAGUGUGUGGUUCACAACAAGACGCUCAGACCCCGUUGUGUUACCCUCUGCCCAAAUACACCCUUAAGUCGGGGGUGUCUGACGCAGGCGGGUCCCUACCGCCGUGAUACGCCUAUUCCUGCAGCAUGGCAGGGUUAAACCUGAGCCGCACGCCACCACAUGAAGCCUGCUCAAGGCUGCUCCAACGAUCACUGACCACACCAACUGCCCCGGAGUGGGAAUAGUUCGAUGCGCCAUUCCCAAGAAACAACCAUGCAUAUGCAAGUGCACUAGAGCACGAAGGUGCGAGUGUGUGAGUGGUCAAGUGUGAAAGAUUACAAGUUGCUCACCCAUGAGUGAGAAAAUGUGCAAGUUAGCAAGAGCGCAAGUGUGCAAGUAUGCUGCGUCCGUUCUACCUUUCUCUGCCGUCGCCUCUACCGGUUCCCCCACCAUGUACCUAACUAAUACCUUCCUCUCCUGGUUCCCCAGAAAUUGUUGCUCCUUUAGCAAAGAAGUUUCACUUCAAAAAGAUUAUCUUUAAAUUUGGAGGACAGAAAUAAAACAAGGUGACACUAUAAAUGACAAAUCUUUAUUCAUCGACUCCAAAACAUAAGAAAAAUUUCAGGAUGCUCGAAGCUGUUAUGAACAAACAAUGGCGAGAACAUUACAUUAAUGGUUAAAGGCAUUUCCAUAUUUGUCAGAAAAAUUUCCAUUUACAUAUUGCUAGUCAUAACUGGGUUAAAAGGUUCAAACGUAAACAUUCAAUAAAACAAUGAAAAAUUACCAAAUUCGUCAGCAAAAAUUAUGUUGCAAAUUUGGAAGAAACUGUGGAAGCAGCAGAGAAAUUAUUAUACAGACGAGACAUAUAAUGAAAAUCUUUAACCUUUGAUUAUAUAAUUAACACUGACCAGACUGGAUGCCAGUAUAAAUCAACACAUAACUGGUCACUGGAUUACAAGGGUGCAAAGACUGUUUUAGUGCGAAAACUUAGUCUCUCCUUACACAACACAGUUUAGUUUAGCUUUUUCUGGGAAUUUGUUUCCCCCUGUAUUUUUAUGUAUGCAAGAGGCUGCCAAUAAAUUUGGUCCUCGAGUUGCUGGUACUGCCAAGAAAUUAAAGAAGAAUAUAAAAAUGUUGUCGUUACUUGCUCCAGUCAGGAAAACUAACAAAGAGAAGUGAAAACUAACAAAAUUGUGAGAAACAACAUUAAAGCCAUACAUUGCCAACAAUAAGUUCCUUCUGUUGAUGGAUUCGUGGAGUGGCUGAGCAAAUUUGACAUUGUAGGAUGAGACAUUCGUCAGUGAGCAAGGUGAAGUAACGUGUACUAUGAAGGUCAUUCCACCCAAAUGUACUCGUCUUGUUCAACCCUGUGAUGUAUAUUUUUAUCAUCAAGUUAAAAAUGUAAUAAAAAGACCACAUACAAAGUUCCCCCAAGUUGCUACAACAGCAGGAAGAAUUUUCAUCAUGAGAAGAUGCAAUUAAAAUACAGAUGAUCAUGCAUCAUCAAUUAAAUGCUCCUGUUUUCACCCCAGUGAUUCAGUAUGCUUGGUUUGCAUCAAAAUUGACACAGGAAAUACAAUUUAAAAAACUUGAAUGAAGUAUGCUUUCCAUUGAAUCAUAUUUCGUACAAAUGUUGUUUAAAAAUAUGCUUUUAUAAAAUGUGCAUGGUGUGAACAAUAUUUAUGUUUUAAAUGUUUGUUUGAUGAUUAUCACACUAAAAAAAUGUUUCUUUUGAUAAAUAAAAAGCAGCUUAGAUAAUUAAUUGCUUGAAUUUUUGUAAAUGUUUAUUUUAUUCUAAACCUCACCCAAUUGUGUAACUUAAAUGUUUAAAUAUAUUUUUUUAAUUCUUUAAUUAAUAGUUCAAUAUUACAUGAAAUAAAAAAAAAAUGAAAAUUAAAAAAGCUUAAGCAGUGGAUAUUGAACCCGAGCCGGUGGAUUGCCAGACAACGCUCUUGACCACUGUGCCACAUUACUUGAAAAUUAAACUCUACUUCAAAAUCUUGAAAAAGCUUUUUCUCACUUUCUAGGGUCCACUGAGGCAAGAUAUUUUAGGAUGUUGAAAUGGGAACCUACCUGCUUUUACUCUCACAGUUUAAGUUUGUUAGACUCAUCACAUUCUCAGUUUUUUUUAUCAAAAAUAAUGCAAUAACUUAAGUGUAACAUAUAAAGCCAUUGUUUUUUUGUUUGUUUUUUUAAUUUUACAAAGCCUGGAAACAUUAACUGUGAAAGUGUGGUACAGUUUUGGUUUUACUCUGAAGUGUAAAAACGUAAAAAAACUUCAGUUCUUCUUUAACUCUGUCUAAUUUCCAACAUUAAUUUGUAUUUAUUUCUUUGUAUCACUCUGUAGUUACCCUUGUGCCAGCAUCUCUUGUUACUGCUAUUCUGUUGUCAGGCUAAAUGGAAAAGUGAUCCAUUAAUAAAGUUUUGACAUUCAUUAUUACAA